GAAAAGACCGACCCCAAGACCGAGACCAAGGCUGAUGUAAACAAGGGGAGUGUCCGCCACCCCGUGUGUCCAUAUUUUAAGGAUUUUCUCUCGUUCCUUCUCGUUGUAAGCAUCGCAAUGGAGCUCGAGGACUCCUACUACCCCAAGGCGCAGUAUAUUGAGACGGCCACAGGGAACAGGGUCAGCAGGGCGAGCGUGCUGUGCGGGUCGCAGAACAUCGUGCUCAGCGGCAAGGUCAUCGUGCUCAGCGGGGUCAUCAUCCGGGGUGACCUUGCCAAUGUGCGGGUCGGAAGGCACUGCGUCAUCUCCUCCAAGGCAGUCAUCAGGCCGCCCUUCAAGAAGUUCAGUAAGGGGGUUGCGUUCUUUCCCCUCCACAUCGGCGACCAUGUUUACAUCGGCGAGGGGUCAGUGAUCAACGCAGCGGCCGUCGGGUCAUUUGUUUACAUCGGCAAGAACUGCGUCAUUGGCCGGCGCUGCGUUCUGAAGGACUGCUGCAUGAUCGCCGACAACACCGUUCUACCGCCGGAGACCGUGGUGCCCCCCUUUGCAGUCUACUCCGGCUCACCCGCCCGGCAGACUGCAGACCUACCGGAGGCCACCCAGGACCUCAUGACAGACUUCACCCGGAGCUGCUACCACCACUUCAUCCGGGUGAAGGAUCUACCGCCCAAUACACAAGAGGGGGCAUCCGGACCCAGUGUGGCUAGGCUGGUGGAUGUGUAAGUGUGUGUGUGUGUGUGUGUGUGUGUGUGUGAGAGAGAGAGAGAGAGAGAGAGAGAGAGAGAGAGAGAGAGAGAGAGAGAGAGAGAGACUACAUAUGUAACCCAAAUAAAGAGAGAGAGAGAGAGAGAGAGAGAGAGAGAGAGAGAGAGAGAGAGAGAGAGAGAGAGAGA